CGCAUCUAUGUGGUCCGCCUGACACUUGAUCGAGGGGAGAGAUGCGCCCUUAAUAGCCGCUGCGAAGACGGGAACGGAAGGGCACAGGCAACGCCAGACCCUCUCUCUCCAUUAGCUGAAUUUUUGGACUUCGCUUGCGUUGAUUUUCCUCUCGUGUUUUUUCCCCCCGCUGUGGAGGAGUCUGGAACAGAUUUCUCAUCAACUGCGUGAAAAUAAGAAGACCACACAUUGUUGACUGGCUUUUAUGUCGCGCGCUGUGGUUCUCUCGUCAUUGGAGCGGCGCACUUGAUGGGAAUAUAGACACCACACACACACACGCACUGUUGUGAGGACUAUGCUUGUUAAAUCGGGGUAAGAAUGGACUGGGCCGUGGACAAUGGAAGCUAGUACAGAUGAUAAAUGAGGAUGAACAUCUUUGACAAAAGAGCCGAAACAGCCUUCAUGGAUACCUAAAUGUGCUCAACAUUUGUCAUUUGAGUAUUAAAAUCAGUCCAUCUGUUUUUACUAUCCCCCAUCCACCUUCUUGGGUCUACUUGGCUGCACUCUUGGCCCUGAACUCUGACAUCAACAGGCAACAGUGAGUGAUUGGUCAUUCCAUCUGUCCACGUCUACACAGCAAGACAAAAAGAUCUCUUGGGAGCCCCACUGCAACCAGUGGUGGUGGCCGUGGAAGGGGCGGUGAGUCAAUCGCCUCAGCAGCUGCAUCACAUGAUUCGGUAUUUGUGAAUAUAUAUUUAUACCAUUUAAUCUACAAGGACAGAUUUCUUACUGGACCGGUUCAAUAUGAAGGACGUGUCAUUCGUGGAUCAUCUUUUUGUUGGCUUGGCCAUGGCCUCUUUUGUUUUGGCCACUGAGGAGAGGUCGGAUUGCCCAAAGCUUUGUGUAUGCGAGAUUAGACCCUGGUUUUCUCCCAGUUCUGUCUAUAUGGAGGCACAGACAGUUGAUUGUAAUGACCUGGGACUAUUCAGACUGCCAGAAACAUUACCAGCGGGCACACAAGUACUAUUACUGCAAACUAACAAUGUUGCUAAGAUUGACAAACCCCUGGAUUACCUGGCAAAUAUCACAGAGAUUGAUUUAUCACAAAACAACUUAUCCUUGAUCAGUGAUGUCAAUUUUGGAAACCUUCCUCAGCUGCUCUCCCUUCAUAUGGAAGAAAACUCGAUACAAAAUUUGCCAGAACGAUGCCUGGCAGAGGUGGCGAAUCUUCAGGAGCUCUACAUGAAUCACAAUCUCAUAUCCUCAAUUUCCACACUGGCUUUCCAGGGUCUUAGCAACCUUGUUCGUCUCCAUCUCAAUUCUAACAAACUGACGGUCAUUAAAAGAGAGUGGUUCGAACCCAUGCCCAACCUUGAGAUUCUGAUGAUUGGUGAGAAUCCAAUUCUUUCUGUUGAUGAUAUGAACUUCAAACCUCUCAGCAACCUACGCAGUCUUGUUCUCACCAGAAUGAACUUGUCACAACUUCCCGAAGAUGCACUGGCUGGUCUGGAUAACUUAGAGAGCAUCUCUUUCUAUGAUAAUAUUUUCCCUGAGGUGCCCCAUUCAGCCCUGAGAAAUGCAAAAAAUCUAAAGUUUUUGGAUCUCAAUAAAAACCCCAUUGUGAGGAUACAAAGAGGGGACUUUGUGGAUAUGUUUCAUCUUAAAGAAUUGGGGAUCAAUAGCAUGCCAGAACUAGUUUCCAUCGAUAGCUUUGCCCUCAAUAACCUUCCUGAGCUGACGAAAAUAGAAGCCACCAACAAUCCUAAACUCUCUUACAUCCAUCCUAAAGCUUUCUACAAACUACCACGGCUAGAAACCUUAAUGCUAAAUGGCAAUGCACUCAGUGCCCUCCAUAGGAUUACUGUUGAAUCCCUCCCAAAUCUCAGAGAAGUCAGUAUGCACAGCAACCCUAUCCGCUGUGACUGUGUAGUCCGCUGGAUGAACAUGAACAAGACCAAUCUUCGCUUCAUGGAGCCUGAUUCACUGUACUGUGUGGAGCCUCCAGAGUAUGAAGGGCAGCAUGUCCGACAGGUGCACUUCAGGGAGAUGAUGGAGAUUUGUCUGCCACUCAUCUCUCCCGAAAGUAUGCCAAGGCUCAUUAAAGCACAGAAUGCAAGUACAGUGUCACUCCAUUGUCGUGCGUUUGCUGAACCAGAGCCGGACAUCUACUGGAUCACCCCAUCUGGUACCAGGGUUCUGCCCAACACCGUCUCUGACAAGUUCUACAUGCACCCAGAGGGAACAUUCGACAUCUAUGACAUCACAGAAAAUGAGGCUGGUCUUUACACUUGUGUUGCCCAUAAUCUGGUUGGAGCUGAUCUCAAAUCUGUCUCAGUAGAGGUGAAUGGAUAUUUUCCCCAGCCUGUGAAUGGAUCUCUGAAUGUUGUGAUCAAGUCAGUAGAGUCUCACUCCAUCCUGGUUUCCUGGAAAGGUGGUUCCGGCAUGCUGGCUCCCACUAUUAAAUGGUACACUUUGUCCGAUGUCAGCCAUCCCACUAUAGCAUUUACCACCAGAGUUCCUUCUGAUAUCCAGGUCUUCAACCUCACACAUCUCAGCCCCGCCACUCACUACAAAGUAUGUGUGGAUGUCAGCAGCAUCCACUACACCCAUGACACCAAAUGUGUCAAUGUCACCACUAAGGGAUUAAAGCUGGAAGCUAAGGAUACAGAAAGAUGGGAUGCAGCAGUAAUUACUGUCUUUGGUGUGCUCUUGGCUGUGAUUUCAGUGGCCUGCCUGCUUAUUUAUGUGUCUCUGAGGAACCACCACCUUUAUGGGGAUGUAAGAAAAUGCGACUCCAAAGCUUUACUGACACCAGUGGAAGCUACCAGUAUGCACUCUCCAUUCUUUACAAAGCUGUGGCUUUCGGGUAAAGGACUGCCAAGUGGAGUGGAAGUGAAAGCCACAGUCAUAAAUGUAUCUGACAAUGCCUUUUAAGAAGUGCAACUUUGUAGAGCACCACACACCAACAACACUGAAUGGACAAGGCAAUGGGCAGGGGUGGACUCUUCUGUUGUACUGUUUUAAAGGCAAGCCCAUUGCCGUCGCUGGCUCAGACACACUGGUGAUGUAUUAUUGGACUGGGAUGGAACAGUUUUGAAACGGACUACUUUCUCUCCCAGUGUUGACCCUAGCUGAAGUGUUGGCUUUGUAACCGAUACACUAAACCAAGCUAACAACAACAGGAAGGGGUCAUUUACUGAGAAAACAAACAAACCUAUAUUUCGGUACAUUCAUGCAAAAAUGCAGGCAGGUGAAAAAGGGAGUGAAGAUGACAAUGACAAUGACGGCAAUGAUGGUCAACUCUCUUGUAAUUGACUGUUAAAUGUGUUCAGAGUUGUGGAACUGUCUGUGUGGUCCCAAGCAAUACCGUCUGUGCUUUGUCAAAACAUCCAUAGACGAGUUAGAGAAACUGAUAUAACACCUGUCUAUUAUGGGAAGGACAAUUUAGUAGAGUAGACAAACAAACAGUGACUAUGGUGUAAGCCUUUUGAUGAAACAGUAUACCCCACUUUUUUUCUAUUUAAAAAUUGAUUCUUGAUUUUACAUGGAAAUACUGUUAGAUAUGCUAUUAUGUUGAUGUAAUGACAAAUCCUCUGUAUCUGAAAAGUUUAAAUGGGUUUAAAUUAAGGUAAGGAGCUGACUACUUUUUAUUACAGUGUCUCAUUAAGCAUAAUGGAAUUCUGCUACAAAAUGGGCAUCCACAGAGAACAUUUUUCCAAAUGGCUGUUUUUGCUGUGUACAGUAGUUCUCAUUGCAAUGGUGACUGUGAAACAUGUGGAUAUGUUGGAUAUAAGUUGAU